AUGGACAGCGUUCACCUUGGAUUGCGACGUCAAUUCACCUGGUUUUCCAUCAUCGCGGACGUGGGCCAUGCUAUAUUGGGGAUAGACUUCGUACGGUACUACGAUCUCCUCGUUGACUCCCUCCGUCGCAGCCUCAUUGAUGGUAUUACGGGACUCUCGGCGAACGCUGUCAAGACGUCAAUUCCACCAACUGGUAUUUGUGCCGUCAGCCCUCUCCCGUCACCUUUCUCGCACGUCAUCAACGACAUUCUCGAGAUCACUCAACCCCUCAACCCGGAAGCUCCACUUUCCCAUCCCACAACCCACCACAUCCUCGCUUUUGCACCUCAUCCAACGGAUCUCGUGCAUCUCAACGGAGUCAACCAUUUCUCCAAGGUCGACUUGGUUAAAGCCUAUCAUCAGAUUCCGUUCGACCCAGCCAGCAUUCCAAAGACAGCCAUCAUCACACCUUUCGGCCUGUUCGAAUUCACCCGUAUGCCGUUCAGCCUAAGGAAUGCUGCGCAGACCUUUCAGCGCUUUAUUGACCUGGCGUCCGUGGUCUCGACUUCUGUUUCGCGUACAUCGACGACAUUUUGGUAG